UCCCACUGCUUUCUGGAUCUUGGCAGCACGGAGAAGUUAAGAGAUGGAGGACGUGGUGAUUGCAGGCAUAGCAGGAAAAUUGCCGGAAUCGGAGAACUUGCAAGAGUUCUGGGAGAACCUACUUAAUGGAGUCGAUAUGGUCACAGAGGAUGAUCGGAGGUGGAAACCAGGAAUUUAUGGACUGCCCAAGAGAAAUGGAAAGCUCAAGGACAUAAGCAAAUUUGAUGCAUCUUUUUUUGGGGUUCACCCAAAACAGGCUAAUACAAUGGAUCCUCAACUUCGUUUGCUAUUAGAAGUUUCUUAUGAAGCUAUUUUGGAUGGAGGUAUUAAUCCAGGCAGCCUUCGUGGCACAGACACAGGUGUGUGGAUUGGUGCAAGUGGGUCAGAAGCUGCUGAAGCUUUUAGCCAGGAUCCAGAAGAGCUUUUGGGGUACAGCAUGACUGGCUGCCAGCGUGCUAUGUUUGCCAACAGGAUUUCCUACUUCUUUGACUUAAUGGGACCAAGCAUAACUAUUGACACGGCCUGCUCCUCUAGUCUCAUUGCGCUGGAAAAUGCUUACAAGGCGAUUCGUCAUGGACAAUGCAGUGCGGCCCUGGUAGGGGGUGUUAACCUUCUGCUAAAACCCAACACUUCUGUGCAGUUCAUGAAACUUGGUAUGCUUAGUCCUGAUGGUGCCUGUAAGGCCUUUGAUGCUUCAGGAAAUGGAUACUGUCGUUCCGAAGCUGCUGUUGCUGUUCUUUUGACCAAGAAAUCCAUGGCUAAACGGAUCUAUGCCACAAUCGUCAAUGCUGGGACUAACACUGAUGGUUUUAAGGAGCAAGGUGUGACCUUCCCAUCUGGAGAGAUGCAGCAGCAGUUGGUCAGCUCUUUGUACAGAGAAUGUGGUAUCAAGCCAGAAGAAGUGGAGUAUGUUGAAGCUCAUGGGACAGGUACCAAGGUUGGUGAUCCACAGGAAGUAAAUGGCAUUGUAAAUGUCUUCUGUCAGUGCGAGAGAGAGCCACUGUUGAUUGGUUCAACCAAGUCAAACAUGGGUCAUCCAGAACCUGCAUCUGGCCUUGCAGCAUUAGCGAAGGUUGUUCUCUCUCUGGAACACGGGCUGUGGGCUCCAAACCUUCAUUUCAAUACCCCAAAUCCGGAUAUUCCUGCCUUACAAGAUGGCUCUUUGCAGGUGGUUUGUGAACCAAUACCAGUGAAAGGUGGCCUUGUCAGUAUCAAUUCUUUUGGCUUUGGAGGUUCUAAUGCUCAUGUCAUUCUGAGGCCAAAUGAGAAGAAACACCAGCCUCUGGAGACUUGUACAUUGCCACGACUGGUCCAGAUCUGUGGCAGAACACAGGAAGCUGUGGAAGUACUUAUUCAAGAGAGCAGAAAGCAUGGAGGAUGCAGCCCAUUUCUAAGUCUUCUUAGUGAUAUCUCUGCGAUUCCUGUGUCUUCCAUGCCUUACAGAGGCUACACAAUAGUUGGCAGUGAGACUGAAGUAAAAGAGGUCCAGCAAGUUCAAGCAUCUGUUAGACCACUUUGGUACAUCUGCUCAGGCAUGGGAACACAGUGGAAAGGUAUGGGCCUGAGCCUGAUGAAGCUGGAUCUGUUUCGCCAGUCUAUACUGCGUUCAGAUGAGGCUUUGAAGGGCACAGGGCUGAAGGUCUCAGACUUGCUUCUGCAUGCAGAUGAGAACACUUUUGAUGACACAGUCCAUGCAUUUGUUGGACUAGCUGCUAUUCAGAUUGCCCAGAUAGACAUGCUGAAGGCUGCAGGUCUGCAACCUGAUGGGAUUGUGGGCCACUCGGUGGGAGAACUAGCUUGUGGCUAUGCAGAUAACUCCUUAAGUCAUGAAGAAGCCAUUCUUGCUGCUUAUUGGCGAGGACGGUGUGUUAAAGAGGCCAAAUUACCACCAGGAGGAAUGGCUGCUGUCGGUCUGACGUGGGAGGAAUGUAAGCAUCGCUGUCCUCCAGGUGUGGUACCAGCCUGUCACAAUUCUGAAGAUACUGUCACUGUUUCAGGGCCUCUGGACUCUGUGAAUGAGUUUGUAGUCAAACUGAAAAAGGAUGGUGUGUUUGCAAAGGAGGUGCGCAGUGCUGGGGUUGCAUUUCAUUCCUAUUACAUGGCAUCUAUUGCACCAGUGCUGCUCAGUGCCCUCAAAAAGGUCAUUCCACACCCUAAACCUCGUUCAGCACGAUGGAUCAGUACAUCUAUCCCUGAAUCUCAAUGGCAGAGUGAUCUGGCUAGGAAUUCCUCUGCUGAGUAUCAUGUGAACAACCUGGUGAAUCCAGUGCUGUUCCAUGAAGGCCUGAAGCAUGUUCCAGAGAAUGCUGUUGUAGUGGAGAUUGCUCCACAUGCUCUUCUGCAGGCUAUCUUGAGGAGAACUUUGAAACCAACUUGCACUAUUCUACCUUUGAUGAAGAGGGAUCACAAAAAUAACCUGGAGUUCUUCCUAACACAGACUGGCAAGAUUCAUUUGACAGGGAUAAAUGUUCUUGGAAAUAACUUGUUCCCACUUGUGGAAUACCCCGUCCCAGUGGGAACCCCCCUUAUUUCCCCAUAUAUAAAAUGGGACCACAACCAGGACUGGGAUGUUCCAAAAGCCGAAGACUUUCCAUCAGGUUCCAAAGGCUCCUCGUCGGCUUCAGUCUACAAUAUUGAUGUGAGUCCUGAGUCUCCUGACCACUACUUGGUUGGUCAUUGCAUUGAUGGCAGAGUCCUGUAUCCAGCAACUGGGUAUUUAGUGCUGGCUUGGCGAACUCUGGCACGGUCUCUUGGCAUGGGCAUGGAGCAAACUGCUGUUAUGUUUGAAGAUGUCACAAUUCAUCAGGCAACUAUCCUUCCCAAAAAGGGAUCAACACAGCUAGAAGUGAGACUCAUGCCUGCUUCCCACUGCUUUGAAGUGUCAGGGAAUGGGAAUCUGGCUGUGAGUGGGAAGAUCUCCCUCCUAGAAAACACUGCUCAGAAUAACUUCCAUAACCAGUCAGUUGACCUUGAGAUUAAAGUAGACACGAACUCAAAAUCUGGCCUCUCCAAAGACGAUAUUUACCAAGAACUGCAUCUGCGUGGAUAUAAUUAUGGAUCAACUUUCCAGGGCCUUCUGGAAUGUGACAAUGAAGCAAACACGGGGAAGGUUCUGUGGAAUGGAAACUGGGUGACUUUCCUAGACACUCUGCUGCACAUGAUAAUUUUAGCUGAGACUGGGCGCAGUCUGCGCUUACCUACUAGGAUUCGAUCAGUGUGUAUUGACCCAGUGCUGCAUCAAGAGCUGGUGCGCCAAUACCAGGAUAAUACAGAAGCUUUUGAUGUCAUUGUUGACCGUCACCUUGAUAGUCUCAAAGCAGGAGGUGUUCAGAUUAAUGGUCUUCAUGCUUCUGUGGCACCACGACGACAACAGGAAAGAGCCUCUCCCACCUUGGAAAAAUUCUGCUUUUUGCCCUAUUUUGAGAGCAACUGUUUGUCUUCUAGCACCGAGCUUUGUGCCUAUCUGGAACACUGCAAAGAUCUGAUCCGUAACUUACAGACAAAGGUGGCUGUACAUGGGGUCAAAUUAGCCAUCCCUGGACUAGAAACUACAGGGGCUGCUGCAGAGUCUUCACCCAUACAGAAAGGCCUUCAGCAUAUCCUCGCUGAAAUCUGUCGUCUGGAACUGAAUGGAAAUCUCUAUUCUGAACUAGAACAGAUUGUGACUCAAGAGAAAAUGCAUCUCCAGGAUGACCCUCUUCUCAACGGCUUGCUGGAUUCUUCAGAGCUAAAGGCUUGCUUGGAUGUGGCAUUGGAGAACAUGACCAGUCACAGGAUGAAGAUAGUGGAGGCUUUUGCAGGAAGUGGACAUCUCUCCUCUCGUGUUACAAAUAUUCUGAACACUCAGCCGCUGUUGCAGGUGGACUAUAUUGCCACUGACUGUAACCUGGAAACUAUCUCUGCUAAUGAAAUGCAGCUACAAGAUGCUGGAGUUUCUUUUAGCCAGUGGGAUCCAUCUAAUCUUCCCUCUGGAAAUCUGAGCAAUGCCGACCUGUUGGUAUACAACUGUUCAACAAACUUUCUGGGGAACACUGCUGAAAUUCUUUCUAAUUUGGCAGCUGCAGUGAAAGAAGGAGGGUUUGUUUUGCUACACACCCUCCUUAAAGGAGAAACUCUUGGAGAAAUUGUCAGUUUCCUUACAAGUCCAGACCUACAGCAGAGAAACAGCUUCCUGGCACAGGCACAGUGGGAGAGCUUAUUCAGUGAGGUCUCACUGAAUCUGGUCGCAAUGAAGAGAUCUUUCUUUGGCUCAGUUAUUUUCCUGUGUCGUCGGCAAGCCCCUGCUAAAACACCUAUUUUUCUACCAGUAGAUGAGACCCAUUAUAAGUGGGUGGAAUCCUUGAAGGAGAUCUUGGCCGACUCCUCAGAGCAGCCUGUGUGGCUGACUGCCACCAGUUGUGGAAAUUCAGGAAUCCUAGGAAUGGUGAACUGUCUCCGCCUUGAAGCAGAAGGCCACAGAAUCAGGUGUGUGUUUGUUUCCAACUUGAACCCUUCGUCAGCUGUCCCGCCCACUAGUUUUUCCUCCUUGGAGAUGCAAAAGAUUGUUCAGAGAGACCUGGUGAUGAAUGUGUAUCGUGAUGGAAAGUGGGGGUCCUUCAGGCAUCUCGCAUUGCAGCAAGCACAACCUCAGGAACUGACAGAAUAUGCCUAUGUAAAUGUAUUGACUCGUGGAGAUCUCUCAUCCCUUCGUUGGAUUGUCUCCCCACUUCGCCAUUUCCGCACAACUAAUCCUAAUGUUCAGCUCUGUAAGGUCUAUUAUGCAUCUCUCAAUUUCCGGGACAUUAUGUUGGCCACCGGUAAACUUUCUCCAGAUGCCAUACCUGGUAACUGGACUUUGCAGCAGUGCAUGUUGGGCAUGGAGUUCUCAGGACGGGACCUGGCUGGGAAAAGGGUGAUGGGAUUGCUGCCAGCAAAGGGACUGGCCACAGUGGUAGAUUGUGACAACAGGUUUCUAUGGGAGGUACCCCAAAAUUGGACUCUAGAAGAAGCAGCUUCAGUACCUGUGGUUUAUGCCACUGCUUAUUAUGCUUUGGUGGUUCGAGGUGGUAUGAAGAAGGGUGAGAGCAUCCUCAUUCACUCUGGUUCAGGAGGUGUGGGCCAAGCAGCUAUUGCCAUUGCCCUGAGCAUGGGCUGCCGUGUCUUUGCUACUGUGGGCUCUGCUGAGAAACGUGAAUAUCUCCAAGCAAGAUUCCCACAGCUGGAUGCUAAUAGCUUUUCUAGCUCCCGAAAUACUACCUUUGAGCAACACAUACUGCGAGUUACCAAUGGAAAAGGUGUUAACCUUGUGCUGAAUUCCUUGGCAGAAGAGAAGCUUCAAGCCAGUUUGCGUUGUCUUGCUCGACAUGGUCGCUUUUUGGAAAUAGGCAAAUUUGAUCUGUCUAACAACAGUCAGCUCGGAAUGGCGCUCUUCCUCAAGAACGUGGCGUUUCAUGGGAUACUACUAGAUGCAAUCUUUGAGGAGGGAAACCAAGAGUGGGAGGUAGUAUCAGAGUUGUUGAAGAAGGGUAUAAAAGACGGUGUGGUAAAGCCCCUGAGGACUACAGUCUUCAACAAAGAAGAGGUAGAAGCUGCCUUCAGGUUCAUGGCACAGGGAAAACACAUUGGCAAAGUUAUGAUCAAGGUCAAAGAAGAAGAGAAGGAAUAUCCUUUAAGAAAGUCUGAACCAGUCAAAUUUUCUGCCAUUUCUCGAACUUCCUGUCCGUCUACCAAGUCUUACAUAAUCACAGGGGGGCUAGGAGGAUUUGGGCUUGAAUUGGCACAGUGGCUAAUUGAGAGAGGAGCACAGAAGCUUAUACUGACAUCUCGUUCUGGCAUACGAACUGGUUAUCAGGCUAAGCGAGUUAGAGAAUGGAAAUCAAUGGGAAUACAGGUAUUGGUAUCCACUCAUGAUAUUGCAACUCUUGAAGGAACACAGCUGUUGAUAGAAGAAGCUUUGCAGCUUGGACCAGUUGGAGGCAUCUUUAAUUUGGCCGUGGUCCUUAGAGAUGGCAUGAUUGAAAAUCAGACCCCAGAAUUCUUCUGGGAAGUCAACAAACCCAAGUAUUCAGGCACCCUUCAUUUGGAUUGCGUGACUCGUAAGAAGUGCCCAGACCUGGACUAUUUUGUUGCAUUCUCUUCUGUAAGCUGUGGAAGAGGAAAUGCUGGGCAAAGUAAUUAUGGCUUUGCCAAUUCUACCAUGGAACGUAUCUGUGAGCAGCGACACCAUGAUGGACUUCCAGGUCUGGCUAUCCAAUGGGGAGCCAUUGGUGAUGUGGGUAUCCUUCUGAAGACACUGGGAAACAAAGAGGUUGUGGUUGGGGGAACCAUUCCCCAGCAGAUCAGCUCAUGCCUGGAGGUGCUUGAUAUCUUCCUGAAUCAACCUCAUCCUGUCAUGUCCAGUUUUGUCCUAGCAGAGAAGGUAUCUGUGAAAAGUGAAGGAAGCAGUCAGCGGGAUCUUGUGGAAGCUGUUGCUCACAUUCUGGGUGUCCGUGAUGUAAGUAGUCUGAAUGCUGAGAGCUCCUUGGCAGACUUGGGCUUGGAUUCGUUGAUGGGUGUGGAGGUGCGCCAGACACUGGAGAGGGACUACGACAUCGUUAUGACCAUGAGAGAAAUUCGACUGCUUACAAUCAACAAACUGCGUGAACUUUCCUCCAAGUCUGGGACGGCAGAGGAGAUGAAACCAUCACAGCUUACGAAGACUGGCCCGGGUGAGCCUCCAAAACUAGAUUUGAACAACUUGUUGGUGAAUCCAGAAGAUCCAACAAUCACCCGUCUCAACGACGUUCAGAGCACGGAGCGCCCUCUUUUCCUUGUUCACCCCAUUGAAGGAUCUACUGCAGUCUUCCACACUCUUGCCUCCAGACUUCAUAUGCCAUGCUACGGGCUGCAGUGCACAAAAGCUGCUCCCCUGGACAGCAUACAGAGCCUGGCAGCCUAUUACAUUGACUGUAUGAAGCAGAUACAGCCUGAAGGACCUUACCGUAUUGCUGGAUAUUCUUUCGGUGCCUGUGUAGCCUUUGAAAUGUGCUCACAACUACAAGCACAACAAAAUGCUUCCCAUGCACUCAACAGUCUAUUCCUUUUCGAUGGGUCCCAUUCGUUUGUGGCAGCAUAUACUCAAAGUUACAGAGCCAAACUGACUCAAGGAAAUGAGGCUGCACUGGAAACUGAAGCAUUGUGUGCCUUUGUUCAGCAGUUUACAGGCAUUGAAUACAAUAAGCUGUUGGAGAUUCUUCUGCCUCUAAAAGACCUGGAGGCCCGUGUCAAUGCUGCUGCAGACCUGAUAACUCAGAUCUACAAAAACAUCAAUCGUGAGGCACUCAGCUUUGCUGCUGCUUCCUUUUACCACAAACUGAAGGCUGCUGACAAGUAUAUACCAGAGUCCAAGUAUCAUGGGAACGUGACACUGAUGCGGGCAAAGACUCACAAUGAAUAUGAAGAAGGCUUGGGUGGAGACUACAGACUCUCAGAGGUAUGCGAUGGCAAAGUGUCUGUCCAUGUCAUUGAAGGGGAUCACCGCACCUUGUUGGAAGGAGAUGGUGUUGAAUCAAUUAUUGGCAUUAUCCACAGCUCGCUGGCAGAGCCACGAGUCUGUGUCAGAGAGGGUUAAUUGCGUCUGUUCACUUACUCUCAGUG